UUAAACACUAUUUUCUCUCAUUCUCGGAGAGAAAGAAGAGAGUGGAUAAGCCUGCAAAUACUACACAUACUUCACACGCAGUGACGGUGAAGGGACAGUGGAAGGCGGGGAAAAUGCUGGCAGCCAACCCUAAUUCGAGCUUCCACACCCCUCUCUCGCGAUUCAAAUCGUCAACAUCCAAGAAGUUCAGAAUACUUUCUCAAUUUUCACCGGUUAAUGGAAUUCCUCCGUCAAAAAUUUUUCACUUGUCUUCCAUUUUGGCACCAAAUGCUGUUCUUCGGACUCCCAGAACGAGGAAAAGGAGAACUCGGAGCAGCAGAGGAAGCAGAAACUUGUGUAAUCAGUUUGCUAUUGGAGCUUCUUUAGCUGCAGAGCCUGAUAUUCAAAGUGAUGAAGCUCUACAGCAGCCGUUCGCUCCUUACUCUAUUAAAAUUCCUGUUGGUGAUCGCCAUAUAUUGGUUGAGACUGGUCACAUGGGAAGACAAGCUAGUGGUGCUGUUACUGUUACAGAUGGAGAAACUAUUAUCUACACAACUGUUUGUUUGGCUGAUGUUCCGAGUGAGCCUUCUGAUUUCUUUCCUCUUUCUGUACAUUAUCAAGAGCGAUUCUCGGCAGCUGGUCGCACGAGUGGUGGGUUUUUCAAGCGAGAGGGAAAGACCAAGGAUCAUGAGGUUCUUAUUUGUAGACUAAUAGAUAGACCUUUACGCCCAACUAUGCUCAAAGGGUUUUAUCACGAAACACAGAUAUUAUCUUGGGUACUCAGUUAUGAUGGUUUACAUCCCCCAGAUUCUUUAGCAGUGACGGCAGCUGGGAUUGCAGUAGCUCUUUCAGAAGUGCCAAAUUCUAAAGUUAUUGCGGGGGUUCGUAUUGGGCUUAUUGGUGAUAAGUUUGUUGUAAAUCCAACUAUGAAGGAGAUGGAAGGGUCUAAGCUAGACUUGUUGCUGGCAGGUACAGACAGUGCGAUAUUGAUGAUUGAGGGAUACUGUGACUUCCUUCCUGAAGAGAAGUUAUUGCAAGCAGUAGAAGCUGGACAGAAUGCUGUGCGAGAUAUAUGCAAAGAGGUGGAAUCCUUAGUGAAGAAGUGUGGGAAACAAAAAAUGCUUGAAGCAAUCAAAUUGCCCCCUCCUGAGCUGUAUAAGCAUGUCGAAGAAAUUGCAGGUGAUGAAUUGGUUGAAGCUCUACAAAUUAAGAACAAAAUCCCAAGAAGAAAGGCAUUAUCAUCUGUGGAAGCAAAAGUUUUGAGCAUACUUACAGAGGAGGGCUUUGUUAGUAAGACGGGAACUGCUGUGACCACUGAAACGUUACCUGACUUACUUGAGGAUGAAGAAGAGGAUGAGGAGGUCGUAGUUGAUGGUGAAGUUGAUGAAGGUGAUGUUCAUAUCAAGCCAAUCCCAAAGAAGUCCACCCCAUUGCUUUUCUCUGAGGUAGAUGUGAAGCUAGUUUUCAAAGAAGUCUCAUCCAAAUUCUUGCGGAGACGUAUUGUUGAGGGAGGAAAAAGAAGUGACGGCAGAACCCCUGAGGAAUUACGAUCCAUCACUUCACGCUGUGGAUUACUUCCUCGAGCACAUGGAAGCGCCCUUUUUACACGUGGCGAAACCCAGUCGUUAGCUGUGGCUACACUUGGCGAUAAACAAAUGGCCCAGAGAAUAGAUAACCUUGUAGAUGAAGACGAGUUCAAGAGGUUCUAUCUUCAGUACACAUUUCCUCCCUCGUCUGUUGGAGAGGUUGGCCGUGCAGGAGCACCAUCUAGAAGAGAAAUUGGCCAUGGAACACUUGCAGAGAGAGCUCUGGAGCCGAUAUUGCCUUCUGAAGAUGACUUCCCUUAUACUAUACGUGUUGAGAGUACCAUAACCGAAAGCAAUGGCUCAUCAAGCAUGGCUUCAGUAUGUGGUGGUUGCUUAGCAUUACAAGAUGCUGGCGUUCCAGUGAAGUGUUCAAUUGCUGGAAUAGCGAUGGGCAUGGUCUUGGACACUAAGGAGUUUGGAGGAGAUGGCACUCCACUUAUCCUCUCUGAUAUAACAGGGGGUGAAGAUGCAUCAGGAGAUAUGGAUUUCAAGGUUGCUGGAAAUGAUGAUGGUGUAACUGCAUUCCAGAUGGACAUAAAGGUCGGAGGAAUUACUUUACCAGUCAUGCGGCAAGCUCUCCUGCAAGCAAGAGAGGGUCGCAAGCAUAUUCUUGCCGAGAUGUCAAAAUGCUUUCCUCCUCCUGCGAAGAGACUCUCAAAAUAUGCUCCAAUUAUUCAUGUUAUGAAGGUAAAACCAGAUAAAGUGAACCUGAUCAUAGGUUCGGGUGGUAAAAAAGUGAAAAGUAUUAUUGAAGAAACAGGGGUUGAAUCUAUUGACACACAAGAUAAUGGCAUUGUCAAAAUAACAGCUAAAGAUUUAUCAAGCUUGGAGAAGUCUAAGGCCAUUAUUAGCAACCUGACAAUGGUUCCGACUGUUGGUGACAUUUACAGGAACUGCGAGAUCAAAUCAAUUGCUCCAUAUGGAGUUUUUGUUGAAAUAUCACCUGGCCGAGAGGGACUGUGUCAUAUUAGUGAGUUGAGUGCAAAUUGGCUGGCCAAGGCAGAAGAUGCUGUCAAAGUUGGAGACCGUAUUGAUGUCAAGCUCAUUGAGAUCAAUGAGAAGGGGCAACUUCGGCUAAGCCGCCGUGCAUUACUUCCAGAGCCUAACCCUGAGAAGCCAAGCACAAACCCAAUCAAAGCAAGUGCAGAUUCCCAGAAAACUCUUGACAAGGGUAAGCAGAAGAAAACUGGUCAAAAGAAGGAUGUUGAAGUUGAUGAUGCAGAACUGUCUGAGGAUAAAAGUCUUGAUGUUAAAGUCAAAACUACUGCCAAAAGUAAGCCAGCGGAGGCCAUUACACUUGUGGAGGAUAAGUUUGUCAAGAGACUUGUAAGUUCGGGGAAGGAUACAUCUGAAACUGAGAAAAGCAGGGCGAAGAAAAGCACUAGUAAACCUGUCAUCAAUAUUUCUGGAAACAGUGAGAAUGCAGUUAUAAAUGGAGAGGCCAAAAUUGGAUAAAAAUAUUAUGGCGUCAUAAAAGAAGAUACUUGUUCGAUAUGAGAUUGGAAGAUGGAACUCCCAGCUUCUGGGAAUAGAGUUCCUGAUCAGGUGAUAAUUUGGACUUGUUUGCCAUGGCUAUCUUGAACCAAUUAGUUCUAAUUGGAGAACCCCUAUUAUGGCCGAAGGUAACUAGCUCUCUCUACCUGAAUCCUUCACAGCUUAAGAAAAACGGAGUGUGCCUUGAGUAAAAGAGUCAUAUGCAAGAGAAAUUUGUAAGCCGAAGGAAAUGCUGACUGUAUAUGCUGCUCCAGCACAAUUGCACUUGUGAUCCUGCUCAGUUGCGUAUAAUUGAUUCAACACCAAAUGGUCUCCGAUUUCUUCACAGUAGCUAUGUCUAGUUUGUCUGCAAAUCUUUUUGUUUGAAAUUUUAUUCCACACCAGUCAAUAGGAUAGUAAUGACAUGAUUGUCCCUCUCAAGCACUGUCUUUCUCUUGGUUACUGAUUCUUAUAGUUUUGCUUUUACUGAAUCAGUGAUGUCAAACACAACUUAAAAGCCCAAUAUUCCAGCACUUGUGAAGUUUCAUUGAAAAAACCCCAUACACAUUUAUAACUAAUUCUAGUUGUUUUUGCAUCA